CCCAGCGUUUCAAGUGGCCAAGUUUGCAAACGAUUCCCUUAUUGAGUCCAGUGGGCGCGGAUGACGUCACCACGCACGUGAGCGGUGACGUCGUUCAUCAACACAGCCCGCAGGAAACAUGGCGCCCACGCGGCGCAAACGCUCGAAAGUUUGGUUACAUUUCACGAGAAAGGAUGUCAACUGGGCAACUUGCAAUACUUGCAGAAUGGCAGUUUCAUCAAAGGGAGGAAAUACUACCAAUAUGCAUAAACAUUUGCACACAGUGCACGCGAUAACUUUGAAUGAAUGUCGCGUUUUCGAUCCGCUCCGGAGUGAAUCUCAACCGAGCAGCAGCGGCAACGUUAGCCCGUCUUCUGCCGUUAAUACUGCAGAUAUUGAAGCCACAAGUUUAGAAAACAGCUUGAACGGACACUGUUCGUGGAGGAUGUCUUCAGCAUUACUUUUCAACCAGGACAGUGUCAUACGCUUCAAGAAAAGAAAAGCCCGUUUCACCUUCGGCGAAGUCCACAUACUUCUGGAUGAAGUGCGGAAGCAUCGCUCUGUGGUUGUGGGUAAAUUCAACCGUGGCGUGCCAACAGACGUAAAGAAGCGCACCUGGGCUGAAAUUACGGCCCGUGUCAAUGAGAUUGGAGAGUGCCAGCGAGAGGUCAUUGAGGUCAUCAAGAAAUGGUCUGACCUGAAGUGUGACACGAAGCGGAAGGUUGCUGCCAUGCGGUCAGGGAAGGUGCCAAACCGGGGUCACAAUUCACGUCUCUCGAAAGACCUGAAUCAAACUGAGAAAAUAGUGCACCAGAUCCUGCAGAUGGACCAGGAAGACGAGAUCAGCAGUGACUUUGGCCCCCUGGGCGAUGACGACGACAUGCCAGAGGAAGAGGACAUGGACGAUGAGGACAUGGUUGGAAUGCAGGGUUCUCCCAAUGGAGAUACAUCACAACCUGCGUUUGAUGUGCAGUUUGAAAUUCCCAGCACAGACGAUGCUGACGUUGCAUUGGCAGACUGGGACGAUGACCCGAAAGACGACCUGCUGCCUUCAAGUCAUGCAAACAAGCUGGCAGGGGAUCACCAAGGAAACAACGGCCUCCAGAGACAAGGACAACCUCACGUUUCGGCAGGCGCAUCAACAUCGACAGCCUCGCACCCGGCAUCGGGUCAGUCGUCUAUGAACGCGCGGGAAAGCAUGCUACAAAACGCAUCCCUCAGCCUCCAGGAGCAGCAGGCCACUAACAUCCUGCUGGAAACAGUUUCCCGCUCUCUGGAGCUGCUGUCUGAGUCGGUGCAGCAACUGGCGGAGACUCAGCAGGAGUUUGUGCGCGAGUCCCUGCAGCUCCAACGGGAGACUGUCCAGGUUCUUCGAGACUUCACUGGUGGCGCCAUCACCCUCAUGCAUGACAAGCUGAACGGGCGGCCUGCGGUAUAGCAUGAAGAUGCCAGGUGUCGUGGCGUUGAAGCCCCGACUUCCUGACUUUAUGUGGACUUCAGCCACAGAAACAUUUCCUUUGGAUUUUACACUGGUUACUGUUUUUGACAGUACUCAACAUUUUCUGUGGUCCUGCUUUAAAAAAAAAAAAAAAAAAAAGUCAUGGGUAGAGAGACAAAUUGUGUCUGACGGGUGAAUUUUUUUUUUUUUUUUUGCUACUGAGAGUGAAACCUCUUGUCACUGCGUAAAGCAUGCACCACUUUUUAUAACAGCCUUUACAUUCUCCAACUGCUGACUUUCAAGGAUGGGUCAUCCAUUUUGCAGAGAGUCAGAUUUUGUGUUUUUGUUCCCUUCCGUCUGUGUCUAUAAAGAGCAGGGGUGUCCAGAGUGCGGCCUGGGGGGGGGGGGGGUGCAUAUUUUUACAAUGCAGAUAGCGUAUAUUGACCAACAUUGGAUGGCUUUGAGCAUCUUUAAUGUCCAAAAUGUAUUAAAACAGCCCCCGUAUCCUUCAACUUUUAUGUAUGCGGCCCUCGGUGGAAAAAGUUUGGACACCCCUGGUAUAGAGUAUCAUUGAACUAUCACUGUAACCUCGAGUAGUUUUUUGCGACUGACCAUUAUAUGGUCCAUAUAUAUAUAUGAAAGCUAUACUUUGAAAAUGUUGGUUAUUGUAUGAGUCAUGGUUUUGUUUUUGUUUGUUUUUUUUACAUCGUACAAACUGCAUAUUAAUACAAUAUAACAUCUGGAAUUGAAAAUAAACCACACACCUUUAAACAUAAGGUGUAAAUGUUGUAAAUAUGUUUUAGUUACUUGGGAGUCAUAAUUUUUUUCUAAAUGAAGUCUUUCAAGUUCAGAAUCGGUCGUAACGUUUCAGUCGCUUUGAAAGUGACGAUAUCCUCAUUCGUAAAUCUGAACAAUGAUUUUACUUGCAUUAAGAGUGCUCAAAGAGCAGCAUGGGGGUGUUUCUUUUGUAUUGGCCCCCUGGCUUAUUUGGAAAAGAAAAUGAAUGAAUGAAUAAUGUUAUUGUAUACGACACUAAUUUAACACAAAGCUAAGAUGGCCAAGCUCAGCAUAUGUUGGCCUACAUUGGAUUGAUUUGAGCAUAUUUGGACCCCUGUGUGCUUCAAGCAGGCCUCGUCGUCCUUCCAGCCCCUACAGACAGCAGUAGAGGGCGCUGUCUAGAAGAGAGCCCACAGAAAAGGGGCUGAUAUUUAGCUACUGUGCAGUCUAGCCAUAAAAUACACUUCCUUUAUUACUUUAUAACAAAAGAAAAAAGGUUUUAUUGAAUGAUUAAAUAACACAUACACAUAAUGAUUAAUUAUUAAAGAAUAAUUUAAAUGAAAUUAUAUAUAAUGUGCGUUUUUGCCCAUAUGUCCAGACUUUUGGCACACCACAAAAAUGACCGGAAGGACUUCUUUAGCCGUCUUAUCAUUUCUGGGUAAUUUCACUUCAAAUUUAAAUACAUUACUAUUGCCUGUAAUGAAAUCUUUGGUAUAUUUUCAUUCAUUUGUUCAUUUUUUUUGGUACCGCUUGGUCCUCAUUAGGGUGACGGGUGGUCAGGAGGCGGGAUACACCCUUGAUUGGUCACCUGUCAAUCACAGGACAGGACUGGCAGACAUUGUCCAAUUAGCAUAAUUGGCCAUGACGUAAAACUCCAGCCCGAGUGGAUAUUUUAAGUUUGUGUGUGGAUGGGGAA